UUAAUUGAAGAAAUACCCUAGUCAUGAAUGAGCAGUAGGCGUGUCCGCAAUAAAAAAAAAAACCAUGGGAAUUCCCGCGACCCGACUAAUAUAUUUACAUAAUUAUCUGUGUCGGAUGUCGACGGCCUUAGUCUGAAGAAUUUACGACGUAAACACUGCCCUUUCUACCUGGAUGUUGUUGAAAAAUACCCCUACUAUUCUAAACUCAGAGGAUCUAUAUAAAAACUUGUUCAAUUCGGGGCAUAAGUAGUUCUUUGUUUAACUUUUAUCUUGUUCAGUGUUGGAAAAUUAUCAGUGUAACAAUUAAUGACUCUGAUAAAUUAUUUGGAAGCCUCGUUUGGUUAAAAUGGGAUUUGCGUAUUUCGAAGUUGGAAGGAUGAGCAUCGUGGCGUCCGGUCAGCAGCAGCAGCAGCAGCAGCAGCAGCAAGUAGUCAAGGAAGGAUGGUUACAGAAACGCGGUGAACACAUAAAAAAUUGGCGAUCAAGAUACUUUGUCCUGCGAGACGAUGGCACCUUGGUUGGAUUUAAAUCAAAACCGGACCAACAAAUGGCCGCGUCAGCGCAGCCCCUCAACAAUUUCACAGUCCGAGGUUGUCAAAUAAUGUCAAUAGACCGGCCUAAGCCCUACACAUUCGUAAUUCGUGGGUUACAAUGGACCACAGUGAUCGAGCGGACGUUCCACGUCGAAACGGAGCAAGAGCGCGAGGACUGGGUCGCAGCUAUAAGAUACGUUGCGGACCGACUGGCGAAUGAAGAACAAAUCCAGCAGCACUCUCAAUCGGAGCAGCAGCUGCAACAGCUCCAGCAGAUGCAGAUAUCAUCUUCCUCAGAGGACGUCGACAUGGAGAGCGCCUCGUCGUCCAAUAAUGGACGUAGCGAGUCGACUAACUCAACCGGGAACGACUCGUUGCCCAGCAUUGAUGAGCUCUCCGCUAAAUUCAGCGUCCAAGGGACCUCCAGCAGCAGAAACUCAGGGAAAAAGAAAGUCACGCUGGAGAACUUUGAGUUCUUGAAGGUACUCGGCAAAGGAACUUUCGGUAAAGUUAUUCUUUGCCGUGAAAAAGCUACCGGUCAUCUUUAUGCUAUUAAAAUCUUGAGGAAGGAAGUUAUCAUUCGCAAGGACGAGGUCGCUCACACGCUGACUGAGAGUCGGGUUUUGCGCACGACCAAUCACCCCUUUUUGAUCUCUCUCAAGUACAGUUUUCAAACUGCUGACCGGCUUUGUUUUGUCAUGGAGUAUGUUAACGGGGGAGAAUUGUUCUGUCACUUGUCACAGUCUCGCACUUUUUCUGAGGAUCGCACCAGAUUUUAUGGCGCUGAAAUAAUAUCUGCUUUGAGUUAUUUACACUCUAAUGGAAUUAUUUACCGGGAUUUAAAGCUUGAAAAUUUGCUCCUGGAUAAGGACGGGCAUAUUAAGAUUGCUGACUUUGGAUUGUGUAAAGAAGACAUUACUUAUGGACGAACAACAAAAACUUUCUGCGGUACUCCAGAAUAUCUAGCACCUGAAGUUCUAGAAGACAACGACUAUGGCCGAGCAGUAGAUUGGUGGGGUGUUGGAGUAGUAAUGUACGAGAUGAUGUUAGGACGUCUUCCAUUUUAUAAUCACGAUCAUGAAAAAUUAUUUACUCUAAUCUUACUAGAGGAAGUUAAAUUCCCAAGAUUUGUCUCAAAUGAGGCCAGAGAUUUAUUAUCAGGCUUAUUGAUAAAAGACCCAGGCCGGCGGCUAGGCGGCGGACCCAACGACGCUAAAGACAUAAUGAGCCACGCGUUCUUCUCUUCAAUCGAUUGGUCGGACCUGGUGCAAAAGAAAAUACCUCCGCCGUUCAAACCUCAAGUGUCCUCAGACACAGACACUCGUUACUUCGACAGUCAAUUUACUGGCGCAAGUGUCGAACUUACCCCGCCGGAUCAGGGCCCGGGUAGCGCUGGGCUCAACUCCAUCGCCGAAGAACAAGAACACUUUCCACAAUUUUCUUAUCAAGAUAGUCAUUCUGCUGCUACUUCUAUUUCCGUAUCUAUUAAUCACUGACACACAUUUAUUAGCAAUAUUUAAUUAACCGAGUAUUUUUUUUUCAUAUAUUAU